CCAGCCAUAGUUUGGUACAGAAGCAAAAGUCAACUAUCUCGGCCACUUUGUUGUAGACAACCUGACGGUUAAUUGCGCAUUUUUUUGUACUGGUCGGAUUCUGCACCGUCGCGUCGCCGUCGCCUCCGCAGAAACAGAUCGAUCUCCCACGCACCUGCAGAUCUCCACGCCGCAUGAUUUCCCAUUAAUCGGCCGAUUAAUCACUAUUACAAUCGAUUAAUAAUAGAACAAAUAACGCACGGUAGGCUGCAACCCGAAAACCCGAUUACGUGUACCCAUAUCCUAGCUGGCUCAUCGUUCCGCGGAUAAUUAACAAUAGGAAUUAGAUAAGCCGUAUAAUAUACUGUUUUCCCGAUUUUAUCUCCGACAGCAGUAAAGAUAAAAACGCCGAGAUGUUCGCGAUAAUGCAGAUAGACAACGACGUCAGCGGCGGCCAGUUCAGGAGGAAAAUGCGGUCCAAGUGCGAAUUCGUGUGCAAAUAUUGCCAAAGGAGGUUCACCAAGCCCUACAAUCUCAUGAUACACGAGAGGACGCACAAAAGCCCCGAGGUCACGUUCAGCUGCGAGAUAUGCGGCAAGAGCUUCAAACGGCAGGACAAUCUCAAACAGCAUAGGAGCAUACACUAUCCCGCAAAUACAGCAUACAAUUGUUUCAGUAGCAGAUAUUAGUGUUAAAAUAGUUUCUUUAAAAAACAUCGCAGUAUUUAUUAAUUUUUUUAUAUAAAUUUCUUUCUCUUAUUGUAUGUACAUAUUUUAGCGUUUAGAGACCUAUUUAUUAUUAAAUAUACCUAUUAUUAAUUAGUUUAAGUGAAGACUACCGUUGUCUAGUCUGAAAAUUGUAUUCUUUGAAUUUUUAAUAAUUUUAUGUAGAACCGUAAAUUAUAGGUACCUAACCCAUGAUGAUUGUAUUGAAUACAAUUUGUGAUUUUUUUCGAAGAGUGAGAUCUUCUGUCAAAUCCGAUUUGUUGAUUAGAAAUUCAAUUUCUUAUAAUUAUGUAAUUCGAAUAUGAAAAACUCACUCUUUUGUAUUGAUUAAAAUAAUAUUAUCUAUAAUAAACUAGUGCAAUUUAAAUUAAAAUUACUGUAAAGGUAAUUGAGAAACUGCGCACUUUUCGUGCCACUGCGAAAAGCUCGACAGUUUUCCUUUAAUACCGCCGACAACAAAAAUUGUAA